CAACCCGAGUAAUCUCAGUUCAACACGUGUGUUAAACACAAACACACAAAGAGAGAAAAUACAGAACAUUUAGAUCCACCUUAACGAAAAAAGAGUGUUCUGUUUCUUUGUAAGAGAGAGAGAGAGAGAAUGAGAUAUGGAGGUGGAAGAAGGAGAAGAAAUUUACUACAACCAUUUCUCGUUAUGUGUGCAACGAUAACAGGUGUAGGAUUAUUGAUAAUGGCAUUAAGACCGUUAGAUCCACGACCAGGAGCAGUAAUUGAAGUUGAUUACGCUAGAGAUUCUGACGAGUUUCUUGAUUUUAAUAGCACCGGUUUGAAUGUCGGUGGCGAGGAACCGCGUCCGCCAAGGACGUCCAGAUCGUGUGCCACGGUGGAAGAGAUGGGAAAGGAUUUUGAAAAUGGGUUUGUUGUUAAGGAGAUGCUUAGAGUUAGGAGAGUUAUUGAGCAGCAUUUUGUUUUGAAUGGUGCUUCAAGAGUCAGGGAUUUGCCCCCUGAUAAGUUUUGUAGGCAUGGAUUUGUUCUUGGAAAGACUGCCGAGGCAGGUUUUGGGAAUGAAAUGUACAAGCUUUUAUCAGCUGCGGCGCUGAGUAUAAUGUUAAACCGGUCCUUGAUCAUUGGCCAAACCAGAAGCAAAUAUCCUUUUCAGGAUUAUAUUUCGUAUGCCAACUUUACCUUUACCCUGAAAGAAAUAAAGCACUUGUGGAGACUAAAUGGUUGUGAAAGCAUAUAUGGGAGGAAACUGGUUAUGAGGACUGAUGACUUUGAAAAACCAGCUCAAUCAAAUGUUCUCUGCAGCAAUUGGAAGGAGUGGGAACAACCUAUCAUUUGGUUUCAAGGAACUAAUGAUGCUGUGGCGUCUCAAUUUUUCUUGAAGAAUAUACACCCUCAAAUGAAGGUUGCUGCUUUUGAUUUAUUUGGCGACCCACAAGUUCUUGGAUCUCAACCGAAUGUAUUUGGUGAGCUAAUGAGAGUUCUCAUAUCGCCUUCAAAAGAUGUUGAGGCAGCAGUCAAUUGGGUUAUUGGUGGUGACAAGAACCCUGAUAUCUCGUUGCAUAUGCGGAUGCAAACGAACAGGUCCAUAAGAGCUUUGCAGGCUGCAUUGCGUUGCAUCAGAAAAGCCAUAGAGAGUCAACAUCUAAUGUCUAGACCGAAGGUUGUUGUAGUGUCCGAUACACCUUCCCUUGCCAAAAAUAUUUCACCCAACAUAAGUGAAUUUGCAGAGGUUGUUCAUUUUGAUUAUGAAAAGUUCAAAGGAAAAAUGUAUGAUGGUUUGCCCAAGUUCGAUUUCAGAGUGAGGGACUGGGGUCCUGCACCCAGAUGGGUUGCUUUUGUUGAUUUUUUUCUUGCAUCUCGCGCUAGAUAUGCUGUUGUUUCUGGAGCCCAUAGGCGUGUCGGAACUACCUAUGCUCAGUUAAUUGCUGCACUGGCUGCAGCAAACAAUCUAGGAGACGACACCAACACCACUUCAGGUCCAAGCUUUUCAUUUUUAAGCAGUUUCCAAGGCAAUCUAUUAUCGGAUGGAUUAAAGAAUCAAAUAGGUUGGGGACAUGUUUGGAACAGAUAUGCAGGACCAUUGAGUUGUCGUAACCAAAACAGUCAAUGUGCCUUCACUCCACUUCUCCCACCAGGUUGGUGGGAUGGUCUUUGGCAAUCACCAAUUCCGAGGGAUAUUAAACGUCUUUCGUUCUAUGGCGUUCAACUAUCUGGUUUUGGUAAUGUAGAUACUGAUUCACUUCAAAAUUAUUGUAAUUCUAGGAAAACUGUUGUCAAAACUGUCACAUAUAAUUUGUAGUGUUUGGAAGUUAAAUUUCAUUGUAAUUUAUUUUUUAGAUAACAAUAAUAAUUUUUUGCUUCAUUCUUUUCC